GGCAGUAUUUCACUAAAUCACUAUCAGUCACUAAUGUAACAGUCAUAACGGCAGAGAAGAAGACCGGAAGUUGUAAACGCAACCAGGAAUAUUGGAAGAACGGAACGAAUUUUAGAAUUUAAUGCGUUAAUAAAUUAAUAGAACGGAGGAUGAGCAGCUCAGAGGAAGUGUCCUGGAUAUCCUGGUUCUGUGGACUCAGAGGAAACGAGUUCUUUUGUGAGGUCGAUGAAGACUACAUUCAGGACAAAUUCAACCUGACCGGUUUAAAUGAGCAAGUGCCUCACUACCGUCAGGCUCUCGACAUGAUCCUGGACCUAGAGCCUGAUGAGGAACUUGAAGACAACCCAAACCAGAGUGACCUGAUAGAGCAAGCAGCAGAGAUGCUCUAUGGGCUGAUACAUGCACGCUACAUAUUAACAAACAGAGGCAUUGCUCAAAUGCUGGAAAAAUAUCAACAAGGAGAUUUUGGCUAUUGCCCUAGGGUCUACUGCGAGAAUCAGCCGAUGCUUCCUAUUGGUUUGUCAGACAUACCCGGAGAGGCAAUGGUGAAGCUUUACUGUCCAAAGUGCAUGGACGUCUACACCCCAAAGUCAUCCAGACACCACCACACAGAUGGAGCCUACUUUGGAACAGGGUUCCCCCACAUGCUGUUUAUGGUGCACCCAGAAUAUCGUCCAAAGCGUCCAGCCAACCAGUUUGUGCCAAGGUUAUACGGUUUCAAGAUUCAUCCAAUGGCUUAUCAACUUCAACUUCAGGCUGCAUCAAGUUUCAAAAGCCCAGUCAAGACAAUUCGCUGAACCUUAGUGCUGACAAGAAGAAAACAAAAACAGUUGGACUCAUUUAGUACUGGUUUGAAAGAAUGGAUUAUAUGUAUAUGCCCAAUAAAUGUUCCUACAAGUUAUGUCAACUUUUUGUUGAUAUUUUGAAUUUAAUCACAGCUGUUUAUAACUGAUUUUUAAUCUGUCUAAUUUGGGGUUGAAAAGCAUGCUAUAAUAUUCAAGAGUAAAUCUUUUUACAGGUCUCUGGACUUUUCACUAAUCUGAUGUCAGCAGAAAACAUUGACUGACAGACAAUAUCAGUCUUUAUUAAAAAUAAAUACAGUAUACUAUGUAGUAGGUUUAGUUUGUUUGGUGUGACAUUUUUUUAAAUGCUUUCUCCUGACAAAAUUAAAAUGACCAUUUUACACAGACCAAAUCUUAACAUUUUUGUUCCUGUAUGUACAUAAAUAAAUACUUAAAUGUACUAUAUAUGUAGUCUUUAUCUGUUUUACAAAUUUGGUGGGAGUCAAAAAUAUACUUUUCAACCAGCAGUUGAACUUAGUGUGGAUCAAUUGUUGCAACACGCAUUUUCAAUCAUUAUUCUUAGUAAAAUAUAAAACCCACAAAAUGCAAUUAAAUGCACAUUUUAUUUUUUUUCAUUAAAAAGGCAAGCCACAGAGCAACAAUAGUUGCCAUUGUCUAAAAACUAUUUUUUCUGGUGAAACUAUUUUGUUUGUUUGUUGUUUUUUUUUUUUUGUUUUUUUUUUUUACACAGGAGAGUUUACUGCCAUUGACCAUGUAACUAAAAA